GACAGACCGCAGGGAACCUCCGAGCCAGCUGUUUUCCUCUGGGUUUACACAUUUAUUAAUCUAAGCUGUGAGAGUAAUAAUGAUGCUGCAGGUGAACGGGACGGACUUCCACCUGUCCGAGUACAGCUUCGAGCGGCACUUCGACGAGCGAGGAGCGAUAGAGUGGAUGCAAGCGAACUGGAAGAGCUCGUUCGUGUUCAGCGCUCUGUACGCCGCCCUGGUGUUCGGAGGGCAGCACUACAUGAAGCCUCGGCCCAAACUCAACCUGCGGUGGCCGCUCAUCCUCUGGUCUCUGAGCCUCGCCGUCUUCAGCAUCAUCGGUGCGACUCGGACCGCUCCCUACAUGUUCCACAUCCUGAUCUCCAGCGGCUUCAGACAGUCCAUCUGUGACCAGAGCUUCUACAACGGCCCGGUCAGCAAGUUCUGGGCCUACGCCUUCGUCCUCAGCAAAGCUCCAGAGCUCGGCGACACAGCGUUCAUCGUGCUCAGGAAGCAGAAGCUGAUCUUCCUGCACUGGUACCACCACAUCACCGUGCUGCUGUACUCCUGGUACUCCUACAAAGACAUGGUGGCUGGCGGCGGCUGGUUCAUGACCAUGAACUACAUCGUGCACGCGCUCAUGUACAGCUACUACGCGGCGCGUGCCGCUGGCCUGCGCGUGCCCCGCCCCUUCGCCGUGCUCAUCACCAGCGCUCAGAUCGCCCAGAUGGCCAUGGGGGUGACGGUGAGCGUGCUGGUGUACGGCUGGAUGCAGCAGGGGGACUGCCCCUCCAGCCUGGACAACAUCACCUGGGCCUCACUCAUGUACUUCAGCUACCUGCUGCUCUUCUCCAACUUCUUCUACCAGACUUACCUCCGCCGCAAGUCUGACCCCAAGACCACCAAGACUCAGUAGAAGCAGGAGCUCUGAGGGAGGUGUUAGUCUGGGGGUCUCUGAAAACUGAAGCUACAAUAACAAUCGGACCUUUGCAUGGCAGAAGAAUCUGAAGAGUUUUUACUGAACAGGAUGGAAAAACCUGUGAUGGACACAGCGGGGGGGUCAGAACAAACGCCACAGUCUCGGUCUUUAUUACAGAUGUGAGACGUCUGCUCCUCCGGAGAUGAUUUGGUUUUUCUGAGAUUAUCAUCUAAGAACAAAACAGUCGCUGAGUGAUGAAGAUAAGCUUUUAGUUUCAGCUGUGUCCAUGCGUCCUCUUCAUCACUCUGGAAUGUUCUUUCCUCUGAGCUCCCCCAGCAUUCCUCUGCAUACUGGUUAGACUGGUUCCUCCUGCUCACCGUACCUGCCCUCGGUCACCUGGGUGGAGCACAAACGGGUUUUCUUUCACUCACAGGGUGUUUGGUGCUCUCUGCCUCAUUCUCAGAGUUUCUGGUUUGUGACGCAGAGCUCAGAGGAGGAAGCUCGGAGACUUUCAGGCUCUUCCCUCUGACUCUGUGAUGCCUUCAAAUGUCAUCGGGAAAAAAAGUCACGUUCUGUCUGAAAUUAGAAAAACCUCAAAGCUGCAGACACGGCGAUUAAAGUUCUGACCUCACACUUCCUGUGAUGUUUACAUACGUGAGCGUGUGAUCAGGAGGGUUUUCCAUCCUGUUCCAUCACUUUUCUUUUUCCACACUUUUUAAAAAAAAUCUAUUUAUUGAUAAUUUUGUGUUUACCUGACGUAUGAUGGCACCCGAUUGGCUGCUGGAAACGUCACUUCCUGUGGUGUUUCACCUGCUAGAACAUCAGUCACAUGUUUAUUUAAAUCUCGUCUCGCAGAGGCGUCCUCCUGUUUGCAGCUCUGUGAUUGGCUGCAGUCAUUUGACGCGUGAUUGAAAAACUGAGCUCUGAAGGAAUCGAGCGGCAGUUUGACACGCCGACCCAAACGCUGACCUGUGUCUGUUUUUUAUAUAAAGUCUGUAUUUUAUGUCUAAAACGCUGUAUUUAUUGUACUGAAGGCCAAGAAUAAAGAAGCAGUUUGUAUGUUUGUAA